UUUACAUAGUGUUGUGGAAGAGGAACCUCUUGUUUGUUCUCUAUGUGGUUUGUGCAUGCGAAAUGUUGUUCAGUCUCUCACACACACUCACUCAUUCUCUGUACUAAAGCAAUUUAUGGUGAUCUAUUACUUUUAAAGAUGGAGGAAGAAAUCACUUAUUCUACAUUGUCUUUUAAAAAUGGUGGUACAGCUCCAAAAGAAGAAAAACAGGACUCAACAAUUUAUUCCAAAGUAAAAUCUAAACGGGCUGCUACAUCUGUACCAACAGAUGGUGAAGCAGCUGCACGCUCUCACUUUUGUGCGUUGGCGGUGUGUUUGGGGAUACUUUGUGUCCUCCUGUUGGCUGCAAUCAGUGCCAUCAUCUACAUCAGUGUGGUAAUAAACCAACAGAAAGCAAACCUCAGCAACCUCACAGCAGAAAAUCAACAGCUGAUCACGAAUAGGAGCAUCUUAGAGCGAGAGACAAAGGAGCUGAGAAGAGUCACAGAUAAUCUCAACUGGACACUGCAAGUCAUCCUGACAUUUAACACCUUUCCAGUAAAUGACUACUGCCCAAAUAAAAAGUGUCAGCCGUGUCAGACAGACUGGCUUCUGUUCCAGGAAAAGUGCUACCUGUUUUACAAUAAAGGAAGUCCUUGGAAGACGUGGCAAGAUAGCCGAACGUAUUGCAAAAACACAGCUGCAGAUCUGGUUGUUAUUGACAGUCUGCAUGAACAGGAAUUCAUAAGUAAUCACACUGAGUUCUACUUUGACACAUUUCAUGGAUACUGGCUCGGGUUAUAUGAAAAAUACCAAAACUGGGUCUGGGUUGAUGGACGUAAUGACACUCUCAGGUACUGGUUGAAGGAGCAAAUUGGUAGCAAUGGUCCAUGUGCACUGUUAAUCCCCGGGAGGAAUUCUACAGCCAGCUGGGACCCAGCAGGCUGUGUAAUGCAAAACAAGUUCAUCUGUGAGAGAGACGUUCUGACAAGGUCUAAUUAGUUAGUGCUAAGUUUGUUUUCUUAACAUAUUCUUGUUACUCAUGUUGUAUGCAAAACUGAAAUAGCCUGAGGAUGUACUGUUCAUAAUUUUGUCUAUCUGUACUAUUGUUUAAAAAGUAAGUAUUGUUUAAAAUGUAUUAUGUACUGUAUUAAGUAUUAGCUACUUUUUAGUGUCAGAUGUCUUUUUGAACAGAUAUCUAUGUUGACUGAAGAUGUGAAAUGUCUAAAAAGACAAUCUAGAAUAUCUUCUACAGUAUUCAGUCUCACAAGAGCAGCCUAUAGCCUGUAAAUGCUACUAAUUUCCACUGGAGAUCAGGAUUCACAACAUAACGAGACGGUGACCUUUCCUGGAAAGAUACUGUGUACAUUAUAUCCAAAUAUUAAUGUUUUUCAAUGUAGUGUCAUUGACUUAAAGGAAUAUGUCAUGUUGUGUACUCCAAGUUUCUGGUGUUACAUAAAGACCAAUGUGUCAAAUAUGUUGUGCAAAAGAAGUUCCUAUUUGAUUCUUAAGUUCCUUCACCUUUGAUUUCACCUGUUUUAGUCUCAUGUUUUAUAUCAAUGUAAUGUAUAUUGUGUAUUAGUUUGUUUUGUCACUUCUGUUGUAUCACAGUCUAAUUCACAAACUGUUUUCCUCUUUUUUAUAUAGGUGUUCAUUUAUAUCUCAUUCACUUGUAAUGAUUACUAUUUUAUCUUUAUUACUAUCAUUUUUAUUAUACUUUUUAUUAUUUUUGUCCUGUCUUAUUUUAUGUA